GAAAGUGCUUGUGUAAUCUGAAUAAGGAUUGGCUGCGUGUCAAGUUACUAAAUAACUUAGCCUGGAUAACUUUUUUUAAAGGAUUUUCUUCAGUGACUUAAACUGUUGAGUCACAGUUUCGCCGAAUCUGUUUCAAGUGAACUGCGCGGCUCGUUUGUCUAACUCGCUCAUAUUAGUUUGGAAAUGAUUCAAAGCGAAGAGUAAAUUAUCCAGCGUAUUUCGGUGGUUGGGGGAGAAGGGAAACUGCUUUGGCUAUGAUGGAGUUAUUGGUCCAAAGCGUAGGUGCGGUGGGCGCGCUGGUUGCCAGUGUAUUGCGCUCUUUCACUGACAUAUUUUUAACUCCACCAUUGAAGGCCACUCUCAAACACUUACAGGACACUGACCUCAAAACACUUAAAGGUGAACAGAGGACUUUCAAAGCCAAAGCUCUGUGGGAGAAGUCUGGAGCUGUAAUCAUGGCUGUAAGGCGUCCUGGAUGAUUUUUGUGUAGAGAGGAGGCCUCUGAGCUGUCCUCUCUGAAGCCUCAGCUGGAUGAGCUAAGGGUCCCUCUGUAUGCUGUAGUGAAGGAGGACAUCGGCACAGAGAUCCAGAGCUUCCGACCCUACUUCAAUGGGGAGAUCUUCAUGGAUGAGAAGAGGCGUUUUUAUGGUCCACGUGAACGUAAAAUGGGUCUCUCUGCAUUUCUCCGAUUGGGUGUGUGGAUGAAUGGCUUGCGGGCCUUUCAGAAUGGAUUCUUGGGGAACGUGUUUGGAGAAGGCUUUGUGCUGGGUGGGGUAUUUGUCAUCGGAACAGGACAGCAGGGUAUACUGCUGGAGCACAGGGAGAUGGAAUUUGGAGACAAAGUCAACAUUCUGGAGGUGCUCAAGGCUGCCAGAAAAAUACCAACCCAGCUUGUGACUCUGGAGAAAUAAUAAUGUGCCCCUCAACUCAGCCUCAAGUUUGUUUAGCUGUUUGUCCACCUUAUUGUUCAUGACUUAUUGGGAAUGGUUCUUACUGGGACGCCUAUGGGUCUGUUCUGUGGAUGUGUAUUUACUGUGAGGGAUUCUCUGAUUGUGUUAAUGAUGGUCUGUCUCAAAACUCUUAUGAGUGAGCAUACCUGAUGCCUACAUUCUGUGUCCUAAACUGCCAACCCACAGCAGAUCUACAAGCUCCUUAGAAGUUCCAAUAAACAUAAUUUGAAUAGA